UUCAUAUUCAGCUUGCUGCUUUAAACCUUUCAAUUAACUCACAUUUCGUAGAUCCUCGACAGAGAAUCAAUCACAAAAAUGAAGGUCCUUCUCGUCCUUGCUUUGUGCAUUGCUGCUGCCUCCGCUGGAGUCGUUAGCCACACCCGAUGCGGUGGGGUUGGCACCUUCAGAGAAAUGAGGAUCGCGAACUGUGAGGGAGCCAUUUGUUACAUGACCCCGGGAACUCCUUAUGCUUGUGAGGGUGACCUGAUCACCAGCACUGCCGCCGCUGCCCUCCGACUCAAGGUCUCCGCCACCUACCUCGGAUUCCCAGUCAGCAUCAUUGACGCCGUUCUUGAAAACUCGUCCGUCCAACCAGGAGUCCAGUACACCGUCCGAUUCACCAUCACCCCCAACGACAUCUUGUCUGGAAACACCCUUCCAGUCCGUGCCGAGAUCUCCAACGACGCUUCUGGACUUGUCGAGAUCUGCGUCUCCGUCCAAGUGCACAUCAACUAAAAUAUUUUUUCUUAGAUAAUUGUUCAUUUUUCACAAAUUGGCAUAAAUUUAAGAAUAAAUAUUUAUUCGUAUUAUAAAUGAA